AAUUCACCAAUGCCGGUUUGCUAACCAUCAAUAAACCUCUGAAGAAGAAGAAGAAGAAGAAGAAGAAGAAGUACAACAACAACAACAACAACACACGCUUGGACUCACAUCUUCAUGUGAAAGAGCGCUUCGGAUCUGCGUAACAUCACUAAAGUGUCCUGAUUCUUUACACCUCUUAUAAUGAAAUCAGAGUCCAGACGCCGCUCUUUAGGAAAAUCUCCACAGACUCCUGCUGCUACUGGCUCAAAGAUGUACCACUGCUCAGAUUGUGGGAAGAGUUUUACUAAAAGUCAUCAUCUCAAAAAUCACAAGCGUGUCCACACAGGAGAGAAGCCGUAUGAUUGUUCCCAGUGUGGGAAGAGUUUUACUUGUCAGAGUUAUCUCCACCGCCAUGAGCGCAUUCACACAGGAGAGAAGCCGUAUCUCUGUGGACAGUGUGGGAAGAGUUUUAAUCGAGAGGGUAAUCUUAGGGAACACGAGUGCAUUCACACAGGAGAGAAGCCGUAUCACUGCUCACAGUGUGGUAAGAGUUUUACUUGUCAGAGUUAUCUCCAACGACAUGAGCGCAUUCACACAGGACAGAAGCCGUAUCACUGUGGACAGUGUGGGAAGAGUUUUAGUCAAAAGGGUCAUCUUCGGACACACAAGCGCAUUCACACAGGAGAGCGGCCGUAUGACUGUAGACAGUGCGGGAACAGUUUUAGUCAAAAGGGUCAUCUUCGGACACACAAGCGCAUUCACACAGGAGAGCGGCCGUAUGACUGUAGACAGUGCGGGAACAGUUUUAGUCAAAAGGGUCAUCUUCGGACACACCAGUGCAUUCACACAGGACAGAAGCCGUAUCUCUGUGGACAGUGUGGGAAGAGUUUUAUUUACCAGAGUUCUCUUCAACAACACCAGCGCAUUCACACAGGAGAAAAGUAUCACUGUGGACAGUGUGGGAAGAGUUUUACUUACCAGAAUGCUCUCCAACGACAUGAGCGCAUUCACACAGGUGUAAGGCCGUAUCACUGUGGACAGUGUGGGAAGAGUUUUAGUCGAGAGGGUAAUCUUCGGGAACAUGAGCGCAUUCACACAGGACAGAAGCCGUAUCACUGUGGACAGUGUGGGAAGAGUUUUAUUUACCAGAGUGCUCUCCAACGACACCAGCGCAUUCACACAGGAGAGAAGUAUCACUGUGGACAGUGUGGGAAGAGUUUUACUUACCAGAGUGCUCUCCAACGACACCAGCGCAUUCACACAGGAGAGAAGUAUCACUGUGGACAGUGCGAGAAGAGUUUUACUUACCAGAGUCAUCUCCAACGACAUGAGCGUAUUCACACAGGUGUAAGACCAUAUCACUGUGGACAGUGUGGGAAGAGUUUUACUUGUCAGAGUAGUGUCCAACGACAUGAGCGCAUUCACACAGGUGUAAGGCCAUAUCACUGUGGACAGUGUGGGAAGAGUUUUAGUCGAGAGGGUAAUCUUCAGGAACAUGAGCGCAUUCACACAGGAGAGAAGCCAUAUCUCUGUGGACAGUGUGGGAAGAGUUUUAUUUACCAGAGUUCUCUUCAACAACACCAGCGCAUUCACACAGGAGAGAGGCCGUAUCACUGUGGACAGUGUGGGAAGAGUUUUAUUUACCAGAGUUAUCUUCAACAACACCAGCGCAUUCACACAGGAGAGAGGCCGUAUCACUGUGGACAGUGUGGGAAGAGUUUUACUUGUCAGAGUAGUGUCCAACGACAUGAGCGCAUUCACACAGGUGUAAGGCCAUAUCACUGUGAACAGUGUGGGAAGAGUUUUAUGCAAGAAAGCCAUCUCAAACAACACCAGCGCAUUCACACAGGAGAGAGGCCAUAUCAUUGCUUGCAGUGUGGGAAAAGUUUUCGUGAACAGAGUACCUUCCACAGCCACCAGCAGAGUCAUACAGGACAGAAGCCAUACCUCUGCGGACACUGUGGACGGAGCUAUACUCAUUCAAGUUCGUUAAGGACACACAAGUGCUCUAACAUAAAGCCACCAGCUCUUGAUAUGUGAAUUUCUUAAAUUUAGAUGCAUCUUUUUAAUUUUCCUCUUUUUUUUUUAUGGGAGGGUAAGGGAAAUUCUGGCAUAAAACUUUUCUUGCAAGGGACUUUAUUGCUUACUGUCCACUUUGUAGUAGAAUUCAUGUAAUUUUCCUGGUUUCACCUGAAUGCUAUGCACCAAGAAUGCAAUACAACAAUACAUAUUUAA